GCACAUUGAGAGGAAGUGCAGUGCACAAGAUCCAUAACUCUAUCUUGACUAAUUACAGAGUUAUUGCCCUUUGUUACUUUUCCUUGUCCGGGGCAUAACUUGAAAACUACUGGUUGAAAUCCAAAACAACUUCAUUCAAUUGUCAAACACAAAAAGGGGAAGUGCAGUGCACAAGAACCAUAACUCUAUCUAAAGUAAUUACAGAGUUAUUGCCCUUUGCUGCUUUUCCAUUGCUUUUUUUUGUCCGGACCAUAACUUGAAGACUAAUAGUUUGAAUUUAAUAUAACUACAUACAAUGGUCAAGCACAUUGAGAGGAAGUGCAGUGCACAAGAUCCAUAACUCUAUCUUGACUAAUUACAGAGUUAUUGCCCUUUGUUACUUUUGCUUGUCCGGGGCAUAACUUGAAAACAACUGGUUGGAAUUCAAAACAACUUCAUACAAUUGUCAAACACAAUAAGGGGAAGUGCAGUGCACAAGAACCAUAACUAUAUCCAAAGUAAUUACAGAGUUAUUGCCCUUUGUUACUUUUCCAUUGAUUUUUUUUGUCCGGACCAUAACUUCAAGACUUAUGGUUGGAAUUCAAUAUAACUACAUACAAUGGUCAAGCACAUUGAGAGAAAGUGCAGUGCAUAAGAACCAUAACUCUAUCUUGACUAAUUACAGAGUUAUUGCCCUUUGUUACUUUUCCUUGUUCGGGGCAUAACUUGAAAACUACUGGUUGGAAUUCAAAACAACUUCAUACAAUUGUCAAGGACAUUAAAAGGAAGUGCAGUGCACAAGAGCCAUAACUUCAUUUUGACAAAAUACAGAGUUAAUGCCCUUUGAUACUUUUCCUUGUCAGGAGCAUAACUUAAAACGUUCUGGUUGGAAUUCAAAACGACUUCAUACAAUGGUAAAGCACAAUAAGAGGAAGUGCAGUGCACAAGAACUAUAACUCUAUCUUCAGUAUUUAUAGAGUUAUUGCCCUUUGUUCCUUUUCUUUGUCUUUCAGGACUUAUUACAGAGUAAUUCAUUUAAACUUCAUCAAUGGCCAACCACAUUGAAAGGAAAUGCAACAUAUAAGAAUCACAACUAUCUUUAAUUGCCCACAACCAUAACUCUAUAUUUCAAUUCUUUUACAAGGUAUUCUGUUACUAGUAACAUCCUCAUUUCCGAAGCAGUCUUGUGGGGGUAUUAAUCACAUUUAGUGAUAGUUCUAGUUGGAUUUGUUUGGCUUUUGAGUUAGCGCCAUUUAAUGUGUAAAUAGCUGUCAAUUUUCUAGACUUUGAUUCAACAGGAAGGGAUUUUUUUUAGCUAUUUUGAAAUUAGACGGUUGGCAUUUUACUUGUUAACCGAUUUGUUGUAACGGAAGCUUAUCUAAUGGGCGGAAAUUACAGCGGAUCGUAUUUGAUCAUGUUUCUCUUAUUUCGAAAAUGACACGUUGUCAAGUCUUGUAAAAUGUUUACAACUGCAAAAAGUGCAAAUCGUAGUCAAAUAACAACCUGUAUCGAGCGACCUCUCAUUAGAAAAUGAUAAUAAUAUUAUUGACUUAUUUGAUUUAAUUAACGUUUUAGCUGAUGUUCAUUUACAUUUCAAAAAGCAAAAACGAAAUCAAUAAAGAAAAUAGGGGAAAAAAAUAAACAUUUUAAACGAUUUGAUUGGUUUUUGUCUUAUAACAAGGGGAAUAAUAUUUACUUUUUUUUAAAGGUAGGUUUUGGCAAGAGUAGUCUGCCUUGACUAUAGCCGAUAAGAUGAUAAUCUACCGGUGUAUUAUAACGAACACACAACAUAUUUAACCCAUAACAACGAGUACACUGAUCUUUCAAUCAAAAAUGACAAGUCAUAUUGUGUUUGAAUAGGAAUAUCUGUACAAAAUACAGGAAAACAAUCUUAAAUGGAUAUAGAAUAGCCACAGAAAGAAUUGAAAGGGUUGAUUUAGUCAACACGAUGAGAUAAUUCUGUCCACGAAGUUUGGAACUACUUUAUUUCAAUGUCUAGCACAGCCGCCGCCCGGCAACGGAAGAGGCCAAGCUCACGCGGAGGAAUAUCAGUGCUUAAAGGACCAACGAUGGCGCAUGUAGGGUUUCAGGGCGCGCGCCAUAUGCACCCAGAACGUCUGCCGAGUGCUAAACGGGAGCGGUCUAUGUCUGUGAGAUUGUUCGACACAAAUGAAGACACACUACAGAGUAUGGAUAACCAGUCAAGUAAUGUGAAAAUAUUGAUGGUGAAUGGACUUAACAUGAACAAUGUGAGUGAAGGAAUUGUUGAACGAAUGCAGUACUUACAAAAAUUAGACCUCAGUGAAAAUCAGCUAAAUGAUACAAGCCUGCCGGAUUCGUUCUCAACGCUAGAAAAUUUAGUGGAACUUAAUCUUAGUAACAAUAAGUUCUCUAAACUUCCGUCCGUAAUUAGGAAAUUGCGCAAUCUUAGUAGAUUGAGCUUAAGUCACAAUACUAUAGACAGUCUUAAAGGGCUAGAGAAGCUGAAAAAAAUGCAAGUCCUUAUGCUUGACCAUAAUAAGUUCACGAGUGUGUUCAAAGACAUCACGCACAUGCGCAAACUUGAAAUAUUGGACUGCAGUUUUAACAGUAUUCGGGAAGUUGGGCUAGAUAUCCGCUUCCUGAAGAAUCUACGCGAGUUGAACGUUACUAAAAAUAGAAUCUCAGUUCUUCCAACGGAUGUGUUUCAAUUAAGUUCUCUGGAAUCAUUGAAGGCCGGUCAGAACCAAAUCUCGAAGAUUCCAAUGUUCAACAUGAAUCCUCAACACUGCCAUUGUUUGUCGGAGAUAGAUCUGUCCUCGAAUAUGUUGAACAAGUUCCCCGGGCAUUUGUUGGUGAUAACGAAGAAACUUGACGUCUCUUCGAACAGGAUUAAGACACUGGAGUGGAACAAGAUGAAAAAGUUCGAGCUACGGACAGACAAGGAACUUAGUGUAGAGGGAAAUCCACUAACGUUCCCACCUACAGAUGUAUGUGAAUGUGGAAUUAAGUCGAUGAUUCAGUUCUUUCAGGAAACACAACUGAGCUUGAAAGUUUAUCAAGGGAUGAAGAUUCUUGUACUAGGUGCACCAGGCAGUGGAAAGACCAGUUUUGUACAAACUUUGGUUGACGGUCAGUCCAGAUUAUCUGAGGAAAUGUACGAAAAGUCUGCUGGAAUAGAGGUCAGCGAUAUGACCUUUGAGAACAUUGCUGAUAAACCGGAACCUCCACCAAAGGUCAUGGUCACGAACGCCAAGUUGGAAAUGCAUAAGAAACGCUUGAAUGGUCAUAUCAUAGAUGGCUCCAAGGACGCUGAUGACGACACAUCAUCCAAUGCGAGCAGCGGAGAUAACAAAAAGUCAUUGAACCUGUGUAUUUGGGACUUUUGUGGAAAUCCAUUUUACUUGUAUCCACAUUAUAUGUUCUUUGAGCAGCCUGCAAUAGCUAUACUGACUUUUAAUAUGUAUACAUACCAACCGGAGAAAUUUGAAGAAAUGGUUAGCUCGUGGUUUGAUUGGAUGAUUGCAAAAACCAACAAACUGGUUGUAUUGUUAGUAGGAACGCAUGCAGACAAGCUAAAGAAAGAUAAGAUGAAGUCAGUGUGUAACGAGGUGAAAGCCAAGCUGCAAGCUCAUGCUGAGAAACAGCGGCAAAUUGUGCAGAAAAAGAUAGAUGAAAUUACAGAGAAGCCCCACAUUUCACAAACACUAUCCUCUCAGCUGAACGCUUACUCUUUACUGUUGCACGAGAAAUUUGUGGUGCAAAGUGAGGUGAUAACUACAAGUGCUGCUAAAAACACAGGAUAUGAAACUAUCGCAGCGUCAAUUGAAAUGCUAGCGAAUGAUGCCCGGCAAUUUCCGAACGUUCUUCGGCCUAUUCCGACAUUUUGGCUAGAUGUUGAAUCGUUUGUGGAGGAGAGAGGUAACACAAUGGUUGUUCCGAUUGUUAAAUAUGAACAGCUUAGAGAUGAGAUAGGAGACAAAUUUGGGAUGAAGCAUUUACUGAAUACUAUAUUACAGUACCUCCAUGAAACUGGAAAGGUGCUAUGGUUCCAUAACAACGCAGCUUUGAAAGGCCACGUGAUACUACGACCGGCGUGGUUCUUCGAUAUUUUCCGUGCAAUUUUCCGUCAUGACCUGAAAGAGAAACUUGAUAUAGAAGUGGAGGACAGCUUUAAGACUAUAGUGUUCGAGGAUCAGACAUCAGGUAUUACGCAAAGCAAGUAUGAUCAACUGAAAGAAGAGUUUCUAACGGAGGGUAUUGUGGACAGGGACCUUCUGAAAUGUAUGCUAUGUCACCUGUUGCCAUUGGAGACCAAUGGUCCAUUCUACGAAGUACUUGACCUUCUUCUUGGUAACCUUGACCUCGGUUAUCUCGUUUCUAAAAAGUCACGGGAACCUGGAUACAACCUUGACCCGGAAAAAGAAAGCAUGCUCUCUCGGAAGUACUUAAUCCCAUGGUUCCGGAAUGUAGCCGAGCCUCCAUCAGUGAAGGAAUUAUGGGAACCAAUUGCUGGAAACCAUAGGCUAGCAGGUGUCUGCAGGUUCCCAAAAUACAUGCCCCCUGGUAUGUUUGAGAUGCUGACAGUACGGGCGCAUAGGGAGAAACACAGACUCCGGUUCCUGUCACACUGGGGCUCGGGCUUUCAUGCUCGACACAAGGAUGAAAAACUGCAGGUAAUGUUCACUUACCAAAAUCAUGAGACCGACCACGGGACCACAAUGAGGUUUGAAUUCCGAGACGACCAUGGCUCGGACCCGCAUGCGGAUCAUGUGUCUGCAGCAGCCAUGUGGACCAUUCUUCUUCCGUUGUUGAUGGACUUUGAGGAGCUUCUACAUUCUUACACUGGUGUUCUAGUGGAACGGUUGAUGGAGUGUCCGAACUGUAAACUUUUGUCAUUCACCGGUGAGUGGUUGACGCCGAAAGAGACUCAAGGGAUGGCCACGCGCCCGUGCGUAGAGUGUAAUGAUGAAAUAGACACAGCGUUUCUCGUGCAGCCACGUGAAAAGAAACGAGAUGACGUUCGGCUUAAUCUUGCGCGCAUGCGCCAAAAACGCAGGGAUGCUUUGAAAGGGUCUGCUGGAUCCAAAAUCAAGCAAGUUCAAGCGCCUGUUAGACAUGGACGCCGAGCUGCCAUUAUGCCGACGGAAAGCACAUUAAUGUCACGCCCUAGCAUUUCUACUGCAGGUGAAAAUGACAGUCACAGUGACACAGCAGACGACAAUAAAACGCGACCAACUGGACUUUUACCGGGAUUAAAUGAAGACGAGAUGAACACAUUCAUGACUAAAAUAGGCAACGAAGCUGAUGAUGGGUCAGAUCACAGUGUAAGCGAAGAUAAUGGUGACACAUAUUCUGGUCAAAGUUCCGGCUUGCUUCCUGGGUUGAAUCCCGGAGAAAUGGCUUCAUUAAUGAGUAAAAUAGGAAAUGACACGGACAAAGAAAGCAUUGCAGAGAGUGAAACUGACGAAAAUGAAACUCAAGCUUCCGGUUUAUUGCCAGGUCUUAACCUUGAACAAAUGCAGUCAUUCAUGAGCAAACACGCACCAGAAGGUGAGGCAACUAGUAACAACGACAGUGAUGCAGACGACAACAAUGUUGCUCCAGAAAUGGGUCUUUUACCAGGUCUUAAUCCUGAACAAAUGGCGUCUUUGAUGAAGACAGUUGGAACGUCUAGCAUAGACGACGCUGACAGUGUGCAAGAAUAAACAAACUUUUUCUAAAUAAUGUUUUCUUUUCGAAAACCAUUAUGCGCACUCAGGCGAUAUGAUUUUAGCGUUUUCUUUUGCAGUAUAAAUUCUUAGCUUGGUCAUUUUAUGAAAUAGGUUUACUCUAUAAAUAAUCAUUAUUCUAACAUUCUAGAUUUAAAGUGUUCUCCUCGUAAUAAAUGGUAUUUCUUUUAAAUAUUAUUUCUUAAAAUUCAAUUAUGUGCGAAAUUUUAAGGAUUUUCAGGGCGUUUUCAUUUUUGGCAAUUGUAACAUGUAGCUUAAUUUUUAGAAUCAGUUCAUUUGCUGCAAAAUAGCCAAAUUAAGAAGAAAUCUUUUUAACAGCUAUUAAAACAUGCCAAAGAUAAAGGUCAAAGAUUCACAAGUUUCCUAAAUGCUCCAAAGGGGUUCAGAAUGAGGACAGCAAAAAUAUCUAAAUAUUUCAGUCGUUGUAUUAUCGUCGCAAUUUCAAAUGUCUUGCAAACAGUUAUCAAAAAUUUCUGUCUACAUCACUUUCAAACAAAACGUAGAUGGUCAUGUUGAAAGAAAAAAGCUGAAUGAUUUACAUUACAAUGACUGACAUUUGUCCAUAUCUACGCAAAUCCCGUCGUCAUCUUCGCCAUCAUCAUCAUCAUCAUCAUCAUCAUCAUCGAAGUAUAGAUUAGUAUUGAAGUUCAAUAUCACCUUAAUGCUUUAUUUUGGUUUCUAUAUAUAUCUUGCAUCAUUUAUAGCAAAAAGUUUAUUACAGUUGACACAUUUUCCAUGCUUUAAUCAGACUAAUUUGGAGCUACAUGUAUAUUGUCCAAGAAAUGGGUAUUGUACGUUGAGGACAGGUCCUGUCAGAUUAUUUUUAAUUUUUAGAUUAUGAAUACAUGUAUAUGUUAAUAUAUGCUGCAUUGGGUGUAAAAUUUUAUUUCAGAAAGUAGAUUGUUUUAACUCUACGAAUUUGUUAAACGUGUGAUCAAUUAAUGAAAAAAAAACUGUACAUGUAUUUAUAGUUCAGAUGUAUCCUU